GCCGAAAGCCAAUCUCAACCUCCGAAUCUCUAAAGGAAAGAUGGUUACAGCAGGAAAACAUCUGUCUGUAUACACCCAUGCAUGGAAAGUUCUCCAAAAAGAAUGACAAACAUUUCAAAAGUUAGUCUCUCUCCCUCAAUUAUAUUAAGAAGGGGAGAGAACUCUCAUUGCCUGCAUAUCUCUUCUUUUUUAGAAAUUCAAGAAAAUGGGUUGUGGAAAAUCAAAACAUGAUGUUGCCGCUGGAAACACCAUCACCCGUAAGAAAUCUGAUGUGGGUAGCAACAAAAGCAAUUAUAAGGACUUGGAGCCUACAGUCAACGCAAGCAUAUUGGAGGAACAAAAAGAAAAGCAAAUUCCUAGCCAAGAGUCAUCAAAAGAGCUUGUCGCUGGUGUUCGGGAUGUAAAUGUAAUGAUUGUUGCUGGUGUUCAGGAUGGAAAUGUAGAGGCUGUCGCUAGUGAACAAGAUGCAAAUGUAGAGGCUGUCGCUAGUGAACAAGAUGCAAAUGUAGAGGCUGUCGCUGUUGUACAGGAUGCAAAUGUAGAGGGUGUCGCUAGUGAACAAGAUGCAAAUGUAGAGGCUGUCGCUGUUGUACAGGAUGCAAAUGUAGAGGUUGUCGCUAGUGAACAAGAUGCAAAUGUAGAGGCUGUCACUGUUGUACAGGAUGAGGCUGUCGCUGUUGUACAGGAUGCAAAUGUAGAGGUUGUUGCUGUUGUACAGGAUAUUGCAAAUGAGAAAGAAGAAUUGAAGGGAGGAGGAAAAGAUGUGGAGAUUAAAGAAGAAAGUGUUGUCGAGAAGCAGGAACCAGGAAAGUUGAUUUCAGAAGAGUCGUCAGAUAACGUUUCUGAUGGAAAGUCUGAGAAGGAGAGUUUGUCAAAUGAGAGUGCUAAAUUGGAUGAUGAUGCCAAGGAAACAUUGGUUGAGAAAGAAACAAAACAAGAAGCAGAAAAUGAAGAGCCUCAAGCCAUGAAGCAAGAGAAUGCUGACGAGGAGCCAGAAGCUGCAAACCCUAUAACUGCUGAGCUAGAAGUUGCAAGCCCUACUACAAAUUAAGAAGCAGGAGAAUUCUCAGGUCUAUAUGUUACUGCAUGAAAGAUAUUCAAAUGAACUAACAGAACACAACUUUUCUUCAAGAUAAGCUGGUGCGUGGGUUCACCAAGAAAGGAUUUGAAGUCAGCCUGAGAGGAAAGUCAGGAUAUGUGAAACUUAUAGCUGUAUGCCUUGUAUUUAUUUAUCAAGUAAAUUGUUUUUCUAGUUUAUGUGGUAAUUUGCAACAUCCAUUGAAAGAACUCAUCAGAACUGUCAAGAUUAAUCAUAAAUUUGUUAUUCUCCUCA